AUGUUCGCUCCCCGGCUCCUGGAUUUCCAGAAGACGAAGUACGCGAGCACUCUGUCCCCCUCCAACCACCCCUGUCCCCUUGUGCCACCCCUGACCACCCUCAUAGCAAGCAAGAGGAAUGGGUUCAUGAACCACCGAGUCCCCGCCCACAAGAGGUACCAGCCCACGGAGUACGAACAUGCCGCCAACUGUGCCACCCAUGCUCUCUGGAUCAUUCCCAGCAUCCUUGGCAGCUCCAACCUCUACUUCCUGUCGGACGAUGACUGGGAGACCAUUUCUGCCUGGAUCUACGGCCUUGGCCUCUGUGGGCUAUUUGUGGUGUCUACUGUGUUCCACACGAUCUCCUGGAAGAAGAGCCACCUCAGGAUGGUGGAGCACUGCCUGCACAUGUCCGACCGCAUGGCCAUCUACUUCUUCAUUGCAGCCUCCUACGCGCCCUGGCUGAACCUCCGGGAGCUGGGCCCCUGGGCCUCCCACAUGCGCUGGCUGGUGUGGAUCAUGGCCUCUGUCGGCACCAUCUAUGUCUUCUUCUUCCAUGAGCGGGUGUCCCUCCUACGCCGUCCCUCACGGGGAGGCUGUCCCGAGGCCAAGGGGGCUUGUCUUCCUGCCAGGUACAAGCUCGUGGAGCUGCUCUGCUACGUCGUCAUGGGCUUUUUCCCCGCCCUCGUCAUCCUCUCAAUGCCCAACACCGAGGGCAUCUGGGAGCUGGUGACCGGAGGGGCCUUCUACUGCUUGGGCAUGGUCUUCUUCAAGAGUGACGGGAGGAUUCCUUUUGCCCACGCCAUCUGGCAUCUCUUUGUGGCAUUUGGUGCUGGUACCCACUACUAUGCCAUCUGGAGGUACCUCUAUCUGCCCAGCACCCUGCAGGCCAAGGUGUCCAAAUGAGGUGGCCCAGACUGCACAGGACAUAUGGGCUUUUGGAGCAGAGCAUCACGGGAAGUGUUUCU